AUGCCGAGCUAUGUGAAAUUCCUCAAGGACAUAGUUGCUAAUAAAAGAAAGAUUAGGGAGAAUGAAAUAGUUGCAUUAACAUAUGAGUGCAAUGCGCUAUUUCAAAUCAACGUCCCCACCAAAAUGAAAGAUCCCGAGAGUUUCACAUUGCCCUGCUCAAUAGGGGGAAAGAAGGUUAGAAAUGCGCUGUGUGAUUUGGGGGCGAGUAUAAACCUAAUGCCCUUUUCAAUCUUCAAAAAGUUGAAUAUCGGUAACGCAAGACCAACCACAAUUACAUUGCAGUUGGCCGAUAGAUCAAUAACGCAUUCUGAAGGCAAAAUAGAGGAUGUACUUGUGCAAGUAGAUAAGUUUAUCUUCCCUACUGACUUUAUCAUAUUAGAUUAUGAAGCUGAUAGAGAAGUGCCUAUCAUCUUGGGUCGCCCAUUUCUUGCAACAGGGUGA